AUGUUUCAGACAUUGACAAGAAAGGCUUAUCGCUUGACAGCUGAUAAGGAUGGUCGAGUCGGUCGAACCGAAUUAUAUGCUGGGAUCCUUGUGGUCCAUUUGAAUCUUGCCAAAUACGCCGGUGCCGCAGCUUGCUAUCCCCCAACCCGCGCAACCGUCGAGGAAUUGUUUGUCGCCGUCGAUGAUGACAAGUCCGGAUACAUCGAUGAAGAAGAGUUCAAGCAGAUUGUUGUUAUUUGUUGUGUGGACGUGACAAGUCGUAUUGUGACAUACUAUUCUAUUCUUAUUUUGUUGGUACCUUACGUUACCGAGGCCCUCCUCACUGGUUUCUGUACAUUGGAUCACUCGUUGGGAUGGGAUAUACAAAAAUCUCAUGCACCCGCUCUGCAAUGGGUGGAAAGCAUCUUGUCUUGGAAUGAGAUUGCUGAGAAAGCUGUUGGCUUCAUCCUUUUUAUUUUGGUUAUUCCGAUUUUCUUCGACUAUAUUGAUCGAUCUUCGAAAGCAGUAGGAAUGAAAACCAUUUCCGAGAAGCCCCCAAGCCCAGACAGCAAAACCGAAUAG